CCCGUAUCCUCACCACUGAACUUUUAAGAAAAAUCCAAUAUGGCGUCGUAAUAUGUCGUGAAAUACAUGUGUGUUUGGGGAUACACAUCACAUAUUUGUGCAUCAAGUAGGUCGUAAGGACAAAGAGAUAAAACAGUUAUGUCAUGAAAAAAACCUCCAACUUAAGGAGGGAAUUUGUAAGUAGAAAACCGCUGUUUUCAAGUUGUAAAAGCAGUUCUACUGAAAAUGAUAUAAAUCCUCGUGUUGAUGGCAAAGUUACAGCUAAUGAGCCAACAGUUCAACCGCACCCAAAAAGGUCAAAAUUUGAUCAUUUCGCUUCUGGGACAACAAGAUUUGAAAAAAGAGAAGAGAUCAGUCAAUUAAACUCUGGAGCUGGUGUCCAAAUAGAAACCGGUGUCCAAAUAGAAACCGGCGUCCAUAACCAGGACAAAGUAAACACAGAAGGAACUCUCAAUGUGAGAAGAAAAAGAUCAAACAAGCGACCACUUUCAAAAGAUCAAGCUGAAUUAGGAGAGUGCAUUAUUAAGAAAGAUAUUUUAGAUGAUACAUUGUUAUCUGUUAAUGAGAAUAAAGACAACAAUACGAAUAUAGUGAUUGGUUUGGAGGAGACAUGUGAAUCAAACUCAUUUACUUCACUUUUUACAUCAUCAGAAUCAAGUACUCCAAUAGAAACACAGAAAAGUAGUCUUGAGAAUUCUGUAGUUUUUUCAUCACAAAGUAUUGUUACUUCAAAUUGUAGUGAAAAUUCUGUGGCAGAUUUUUUUGAUGAUCAAGAUGUAGCAGAGCUAGAUCUUAGUGCAAUCAUUUCAUCAUAUAAUUCUCAAAAAAAACGCGAAAAUGAAAGGUCGUCACAUCAAGAUGCAUACAAUCAACUGAAAUUGGAAGAAAAUGAAUGUGUUUCUGUCACCUGCGAACAUACAAAGGAAGUUCUAAGAACAAAUAAUGCCUCAAGCAACCCACUGCAACAAGUAAAGACUGAUAAUGCAAGUUAUGACACUACUGAUCAUAAUGAUGGGAUAAAGAAUAUGGAAGAACAAUUUUAUGGUUUGCCCCAAAGUGUGGGAAGCCUCAUUAAGAAAUAUAAAGGAAUUGAGAAAUUAUAUGACUGGCAAAAUGACUGUCUGAAUUUACCAGCAGUUCAAAAUAGAAAGAAUCUUAUCUACUCCCUCCCAACAAGUGGAGGGAAAACUUUAGUUGCUGAGAUACUGAUAAUGAAAGAACUGUUGUGCUGUCAAAAAGAUGCAAUUCUUAUUCUCCCUUUUGUUUCUAUUGUGCAAGAAAAGGUGAGAGAUAUGUCACUUUUUGCAGUUGAUCUGGAUUUUGUAGUUGAGGAAUAUGCCGCGAGUAAAGGAAAAUACCCUCCAAGAAAACGAAGAAAAAAGAAAUCUUUGUAUAUAGCAACAAUUGAAAAGGCUAAUGGACUGGUGAACAGCUUAAUUGAAGAGAACAGAAUUUUUGAAGUUGGUCUGGUAGUAAUAGAUGAGCUACAUAUGUUGGGAGAAGGUGGUCAUAGAGGGGCAACAUUGGAAAUGUGUCUUGCUAAGAUCUUAUUUUGUUCUGGUAAUACACAGAUCAUUGGUAUGAGUGCAACCCUGAAUAAUAUUGGUGAUUUGCAAAAGUUUCUCAAUGCUGAUAUAUACACAAAUGAUUUUAGACCUGUUGAACUAAAGGAAUAUAUUAAAGUUGAAACGGAAAUAUUUGAAAUAAAGAAUGAUAAAAUUGGUCGCCAUGAAGAGAUACCGCUACGUCGUUCAAGAAAAGUGAAUCAUAAAUCAGCUGAGCCAUCAAUAUCAGGAAAUGAUCCGGAUCAUCUCAGCGUUCUGGUCCAAGAAGUAAUUCCAAAAUAUUCGUGUUUGCUUUUCUGUGCAACAAAGAUAAGCUGUGAAAAUGUUGCUAAACUUCUAGCACGAACUCUGUCUGGAGAACUUAAAAAACACAAGGUGUCGGAGAAACACGAGUUAUUACGUGCAUUAAAAAGUAAUGCAGACGGAAUUUGUCCUGUUUUGCGUCGAGUCAUACCCUAUGGUAUCGCGUACCAUCACGGAGGACUUACAAUGGACGAACGCAAGUUAAUUGAAGCAGCGUACAGUCAAGGAACUCUUUGUCUUCUUACCUGCACCUCAACCUUAGCUGCUGGGGUAAACUUGCCUGCUAAAAGAGUCAUCUUACGCAGUCCUUAUAUCGGAAGAAAUGUAAUUAGCAGAAGUCAGUAUAAACAGAUGAUUGGUCGUGCUGGUAGAGCUGGUAUUGAUACGUCAGGAGAAAGUAUCAUGAUUUUGGACAAGAGAGAUAAGCAGAAGGUUAUGAACUUGAUCAAAGCACCUUUGGAGUCUUGCCACAGCAGUUUGUUGCAUACCAACGGUCAGGGGCUUCGAUCUCUAGUCUUGUCUCUCAUUGGACUGAAGGUGUGCAACUCAAUGGAAGAUGUAAAUAAAAUCAUCGCACGAACGUUAUUUGCUGUCCAGAAUAACGUUCAGGGAAGCAACAUAUUGGUGAAAAAAGUUGAUGAAAAUGUUGAUGCACUGGUAAAGCUGAACCUUGUCAGAAAGUGGAAAUUAAGUCAAGAUGGAAAGACAGUGACAAUGCUGGAAACUACAGCUCUUGGAAGGGCGGCAUUUAAAGGAUGUGUCGACGUGGAUCGUAGUACUUUUAUCUACGACGAAGUGAAACGUGCCCAAGGAAAUCUUGUGUUGACCAAUGAUUUACAUUUAUUGUAUCUGGUAACUACACCAGAAAUGAUAACAGAUAUUAGACCAAAUUACCAAACUUAUUUUAAACAGGUGGAAAAGCUCGAUAAAGGCGAACAAGAUGCAUGUGAUUUUAUUGGAGUAUCCAAGGCAUGUCUCGCAUCGCAAAUAUCAUUUUCUGGAUCGAUCAAGAAUGAAGCUGUUGUCAAAAGAUUUUAUUUGACGUUAAUGCUGUACAAAAUCAUCAAUGGUAGCAGUAUUUGGGAUGUCUCGGAGAUAUUUCAACAACCACGUGGCUUUAUUCAAAGUUUGUUUACGUCAUCUACGUCGUUUGCAUCGUGCCUGGUCCAUUUUACCAACGAGCUACCUGAGUUUCAAAAUGUUAAGCUUCUGUUGGAAACAAUUGUCGAUAAACUUUCGUACACCGCCGCCUUAGAGCUUGUACCAUUGAUGCAGAUACCUGGUGUUAAAAAGAAUCGUGCAAAGCAGUUGUUUGCCGCUGGCUGUCGUAAUUUACAGUUAGUUGCAAAAGCUGACCCAGAAAUCCUGGUAAAAGAAAUCGAGCACUUAUCAAGAACGCAGGCUAUACUUCUUGUAUCAUCUGCUAAGAUGUUGUUGAAGGAGAAGGUAGAAGCUUUAGAAGAGGAAGCGGAAAAUUUAAGAAUAAAACUAUGAUUUAAAACUAAUGUUUGUGCAAUGCUUAAUAAUAAAUAAAUAAUUGUAAUAUAAAUAUCAGUCGUUAUAAAAAGAAUAAUUGACAAUAAUAUUUUAUUGUAUAUUGAUAAAAUAUUAUAAGAGUAAUGAUGUGAUAAGAAACUAAGAAUAAAAA